GCCAGGGUGACAUGUGCACGUGACAAAACAGGGAAGUCAGUAGCGUAGCCCUGGAUGGUGAGUGUCUGUGAGGAGAAGGUGUUGUGAAGUAAAGGUUGACUGUGUGGGAUGACUUCGGACAGAGUUACCGGCUGAUAAUGGCGGUGAACUGGGCCGACAGGAUCUCUGCUUUCUCCCGCAGUCCGUCUCGCUUCCUCUCCGGGACCACAGCUGAGGCGUUCCUCGCAGAGCUGCUCCGUGAGCUCCGAGAUGACAGAGCCAGCUACAGUGUCAAGGUCCUCCUGCUGUCCCCGCUAUGUGAGCACCCUACUGUGCUGUGUCCCUCACACUCUGUGGGGGAGGAGACGGCCCUGGAGCUCAUGUCGGUGUUCGCCCAGUGUCCUCCCAAGUCCGUCCAGUUUCGCUGUCACCUCCUCCUGGCCCUCACCUCUGUGCUCGUCUGCACUUCCUGCGUGAGCGGCCGUUCCCGUGCUUCUCAAGACUUCCUGGACCUUCUCCUUCAGAUAGCCCAGGACAACAGUGACCUCCAUGGCGAUGGUGCUCUUCGCUCUGUACGGGCCACGGCUUGCGACUGCCUGCGGGAGCUAGAGGCCUGCUCUCCGGGCCUUCUCUCCCAGCGCCUCGAGCUCUUAAGUGGGCUCCGGCAGCGAGAAGCUUCCCGGCUCCACCAGGCCUACGCAGGACUCCACUCUCUGGUGUUAAGAAACGCUGUGUAUCAGCUCACCCAGGAAAGUGGAGCUGGUGCUGAGCACCUUAAGGCUCUUCUGGGAGGAAAUACAUCAGUUUCAUGGGAAGCAGACUCAGGUCCGACGAAUAACAAAGACUCAGCCAUACUGUCUUCUCUCAUCCAGGGGCCCAUGGGUACAGUGCCGACCCUCCAGACUGGGCCUGACUGUAAGGAGUUGCGUUCAGUCCUGUCCUCCCUCCUGGAGGAGUCCUACCUGCUCACUCCUCUGUGUCAGGCUGCACUGCUACACAGACUGACAGAGGUGGUUGCCAUGGUGCCCGGCGUCCCUCCAGCCGUAUUCCGAGCUCAGCUGCUGCGACUGCUGGGCACGAGCGAGGUCUGCCUCCUUCACGCCACUCUGCUGAUGAAGUGUGCGUUCACAGACAGCCUGUUCAGCGUGGAAGACGAAGCCUUUAUCCUAAAGCGGCUGGUCGUGCUCUCCCAGCACCCGCUGCUGACUACACCCGAGAAGCUUUUCUACAUGGACUGCAUCCUGCACUUUCCUGAGAACCGGCCGAUCAGCUGCGGCGAUGGCGACGAGACGCUCCCCGUGCUGCUGACCGCGCGGCUAGCCUCGGCUCUGGUGCCCACUGUGUUCAACGACAGCGCCACCAUGCUGGCCCGCCUCAACCUUCUCUCUCUGGUCUACCUGGAGGAGGGAGAGGAAGGGGAGGAGGGCAGGGGGCUGGCGUACCUCUACGAACACCUCACCUCGCUGCUCCACAUUGUGGAAAACGGAGGCAGCCGGGAAAUUGUCGUUACCUUCUUCAGAGCCGCCUUCCUCUUCCUUCUCUACUUCUGCCACGUGGAGCGCUUCUCUAACAACCUGACGGAGAAGCUGUGUAAGCUCUACCUCCGCCACACCUACCUGGCCCCGCACCUCAUCAACCUGGCCGACCAGACCCAGGAGAAGCUCACCGAGUCCAACUGGGCCGUGGGGCUCCUGAAGGCCCUUCAGGGGGUCAUCACAGAGGCCCCGCUCGCCCAGCUCACCUUACAAGACCUCAGCUGGCACCUAAAGAUGCUGGCUCGAGUGGCGGAGGAAGGAGACAUCGCCCAGCCCACCACCCUCAGCUUCCUGUCCAGCGUCAUCACUCCGUCGUCCUCUCUGUGCGUGAGCGGCAACUGGCGUCUGGGCAACAGCCUGCUGGGGGUUUGCCGCCGCCUCCUUGUCCACCCCAGUCUUGACUCGCUACUCAUCCCUCUGGCUGACAUCCUGCAGCAUCUCAACUGCCGCUACGGAGACACGGACAUCCAGGACCAUGCCAGACUCUACUACACCCUCCUGACCACGCUGUCCCGGGAGAAGCUGGCCGGAGUGUUGGCGCAGGGUUUGACCAAGGGAGGGGGGCAGGUCAAGAAGCGAACACUGUCGUGCAUCAUAGCUGAGGGAGAGGGGCUCACGAGCUUGUUAACCAUUCACCAAACGGAGAAAGCGAUAUUCAGGCUGAUCGAGGCCCAUCCUGAGCCACGAGAAGAAACACAAUGUGAUGAAGAAAGAAACCUGAACCAGACUGAGACGGAGGGCGGCCCAGGAGAGGCGAAGGCGGCACUGGAAGCCUACAGAGCUCAGUUCGACGACCCUAGCUUUGCCUCAGAAAUCUCCUUAAACUACCGGCUGGCUCACAUUGAACCCGUCAACCUCCACUUUGAUCAGCUCUUCAGCAUCCGCCUCCACUUCAACCUCACAGACGACCACUACGAAGAACUGAGCGACAUCAGCGUCCCGUGUCUGUUCAGAGAGAGGUCGUCGCCCAAAGUGAGGCUGAGACUGAAGCCCAGGCGGCCCUACCCCACCACCCUCCACGCCAGCGCCAUCUUCACCACCCAGGACGGGAUCUCCUGGCUCACCGUCCUGCCGGACAUCAAUGUGGCUUUCCAGCAGGCCUUCAUGUCCCCGCCUGCUCCCCCGGCCUGGGGACGAGGCGGCAGACUGAGCUUGUUCGAGGGUUUGUGGGAUGAAAUCAGCUCUGAGGGCGGGGAGACAGACCCGGCAGACAGUGCCACCAGCCUGUUCUGCUGCCAGCUGAAGGAGGCGGCUCUGAUCGCCUUGGUGGAGAAACACUUCCUCCCCUACCUUAUAUCGGAUCUGUCUAAGGAAGAGGAGUUCAAAGUGCUGUUCUUCCUCCCGCCACAGUCUCACGUGCUGCUGAAGAUCAGGUCAGAGGAGGACGCCGUGCACUUCAACAUCGCCACAGAUAACUGGCAGCUUCUGCCCCACGUCAGUUCUUAUCUACUGACAAUCACGUCCUCACAGGAAGACACUCACAGCUGACUGUGAUGCAACUUACCGCCUUGUUUUUAAUUUUAAAGAAAUUUUUAACAAAAAAAUAAUCAAAUAUGAACACUUUAAUAACUCUAAUUGUACUUAAAAUAAAUUGCUUCAUUUAAAAUAAAGAUAUUGCACUUUAAUUUUCUUCACCUGAAAUUAAACAAAUGUGUAAAAUUAAA